UGUCCAGCCUCACCGGCUGUAUCAGCCCGAUCCCUAUGAACACAUAUGUGAGCUAUAGCGGUGUGCGCCCUGUCAGGACCUGGCCCUGCUAGUUCGGUGACUGUUCGGUAACUGCACAGCGCGCACAGGUUACCCAUCAGUGACGGCCGCAGCAUGUCUAAGAAAAGAGGUCUUAGUGUCGAUGAGAAAAGGACAAAGAUGAUGGAAAUAUUCUUUGAAACAAAAGAUGUAUUCCAGCUCAAGGACCUGGAGAAAAUCGCUCCAAAGCAGAAAGGAAUAACUUCCAUGUCAGUGAAGGAUGUCCUGCAAAGUCUGGUGGAUGAUGGAAUGGUCGAUUCAGAGCGCAUCGGAACUUCCAAUUAUUUUUGGGCCUUUCCCAGUAAGGCACUUCAUGCACGGAAACGAAAACUGGAGACGUUAGAAAGCCAGUUUUCGGAAGCAAGUCAGAAGAAGAAGCAGCUGGAGCAAAGUGUUCAGAAGGCUAAAGUUGGACGCCAAGAUACGGAAGAGCGGACAAAGCUGGCUGAGGAGCUUGAGUCAUUGAGGCAGCAAAGGCAGCAACUAGCGACAAAGCUGGAAAAAUACAAGGAAUGUGAUCCAGAUGUUAUAGACGAAAUUCGUAAAGCAAACAAGGUAGCUAAAGAAGCAAUUAAUAGAUGGACUGAUAACGUAUUUUCUGUAAAGUCUUGGGCCAAGAAGAAGUUUGGGUUUGAAGAAAGCAAGAUUGACAAGACAUUUGGAAUACCGGAAGAAUUUGAUUACAUUGAUUGAAUUAAUUUUCUAACGUGUGAACGUUCUUGGUUUGGUUUGGAAACCUUGAUGUAUAUUGUGUUUUUUUUUUUCUCCCUCUUUGGGGUUUUUUCAGUCUGGUUAUUCAGAGCAUCCAGAGUUCUGUGUAAUUAAUAUGUAAAUUGUUUCACAAAUAAAACCACAGAUAAGUGAGCAA